CGUAUUCAGACUAACAUAUCAUCUCAAGUUCUCAACUCGCGCUCAACUCCCUUCUUCUUCUUCCCUCAGCUUUCCCUGCGUCUCGCCAGUCGCCGGUGGUUCUCGCCUCCUCGCCAGUAUCCGGUGGUCUCUUUCCUCGCCUCCGAUCCUCGCCUCCUCGCCAGUGGGUCUUUUUCCACCUUGAAAAUUCCAGCCCGCGCGCAAUGCAGAUCUGACCCUUCUUCUUCGAUCUUCCCUCAGCUGUACAGGAAACACCGCAGACCUUGCCCCUUCUUCUUCUUUGAUCUUCCUCGCUGGCCCCCCUUCUUCUUCCCUCUGCGUUUUUUCUCUCUCCUCUGCUUCUCAGAAAAUUAGGGUUUGUGAAUUGAAUUGAAUUGGGGAUUUGGGAGUUAGGGAUCUUCAUAUCGGCGGUAGAGCACCACUCCACAGCAGCGCCGUGAGUGAAGGCCCGACAAACCGCAGUGGUGGUCGACACAUCCGAAUCUUAUUCAUCAGUUGAGGAUAGCAAUCUUCGAUACCCGAAGAUUGAGCUCCAUGAUUAUGAACCUCGCGCGUUUCCUCCUCUGGUGCAAGUGGAAGGUUAGAAUGAAUAGAGCAUGAAAAUUGCCCGUUAUAGGUUCUGCUGUGAUGUCAAAUGGAAGGUGUGAUCAGCUUGGUGGAAGUUAGUUAUACAGGGGUAUAAAUACAAAAGGGAAGGCAAACGUAUUCAUUGAGAAAAAUAUCAUUUCAAUUGUAAUUCCUUGGGAGUUAGUUGUCCACUCGAAUGCCAGAUAACUUUGUUUUGCUUUUCUACUAUCUGCAAAGUUAAUACCAUCUUUCUCAUCUCUCUUCAGCUCUCUUCGUAUAUCCGAUUCUCCACCUACUCUUAAUUUUUGCAACUAAAACUUCAUUCUACUUCAUGUUACCAAUGUAUCACAACAAAGUUAUAUGGUGCCUUUUCAAGAAUUAUGUCUUUAUGAAUAAACAUUAGCUUGUGAUGAAUUGAUGAUCUAUGUGCUUUUUUUUGAGGGUGGUGUACAUAGUUGUGACAUUUUCUGUGUUCAAUUGCAGUUCAAGGAGAUGGGUGGGAGGAUCAGGUCUUCUGAGCCACCCAAAGCCAUGGAUCAGUCUGCAGAGAAGAAGAAAGGUUUUGCUGACUGGAUGAACAAGCUAAAACCUGUCAAUGAAGAGAAAGAUCAUUGGGUACCCGAUGAAGCUGUAUCCAAGUGUACAGGAUGUGGAGGAGAUUUUAGUGCCUUCAAUCGUAGGCAUCACUGCCGAAACUGUGGAGAUGUAUUCUGUGACAAAUGUACUCAGGGUAGAACUCCCCUCACUUUGGAAGACAGUGCUCAAGCAGUUCGUGUGUGUGAUCGAUGCGUGGCACAUGUAUCUCAAAGGCUUAGUAUGGCGAAGGAAGCAUCUACCAGACCAAUCUCUUUGCAGAGUCACGAAGAUCUUGCCAAGAAGCUUCAGGAAGAAAUGGAAAAGAACCUGAGAAUUUCAUCAGCAAGGGAACAGAUCAAGCUCUACUAAGGUUGUUUCAAUUCUGCAGAACGGUGCGCGGUGCAUGCUUUCCAAUUGACUAAAGGUCUAUACUCUGAGGAAUGCGCCUUAUGCGAGUGAGGAAAUUGAUGUGGUUCGUGAGCAAUGGGCUAAGUUUUUUACCAGCAAAUAUUUAUUAUUGGCCUGAUCGCGCUUGAUCGAGUUGGUUUAGAUGUUAUAGAACAAUCUUUUAUAUUAAAAUGUAUGCGUACAAUGAAAUUGGAACAUAUAUUUAAAUGUACGUGCACUUUGGUUUCAUGUAUACAAAACAACAAUUAUUGUUUUUA